AUAAUAAUGUGGAGGGGGUAAAAACAUCACCACCAAGUCCAUCGCUUCCUCGUCCUCGAAGUCGGUCUGUCGGGCUCUGUCCAAUCACCACCGGCGGUAUAAACACAGUGGCAGGAUUGAUGGGACGACUAAUCGGUCCUUAUCCACGCGAUUGAGGAAUUUCCCUCAUUCAGAAAACCCGACCACCGGGCCACCAGGAAAUCCCCGGCCCGCCUCCAUCGGACCGCUGGGCUCUGGCCUUACUCGUCCGGGACCUGGGGAUUGGUGGGUUCAAACCCGACCCACACCGUCUUGUCCCGAGGCAUAUCAGGGCCGAGGAGUAUGUGAGUCGCCCGCUCCACCCACCUCGGAUUAACCGGCUGGCCGUUCAUGGAUACAGUGGGGCACCCACGCACUUGGCCGGCCCUCAUCCUGCUCCGGUCUCGCUAACUACGACGUACUCAUAAGCUCACCCUACCCGUCCCACCCUCACCAGCUACGCCCCGGUGGGUCCUUGGUCCCUGCGGGUUAAAAGCCUGGCGCUGGGGUUGAGCUGAACAAAGGUGGACCGCUGUGGUUGGGUGGGCGUGAGCAUCGGCCCACCAGCAUGGGCAAUUGCGCCACCAAGGACAAAGCCCGUAAUCCUGAUACGGGAUCGGGUGGCCGAGAUGGCGGUUUAGGACGGGCCGAUCGAAUCCGCGGAAGUGACAAAGAGAAUGCCCUUCGCAAUGGCAAAACCGCCCAACCACCGCCCAAUGGCCAUCACCGUUCCGUCAUGAAUAACUACCAUGGUCAUUCACCCUCUCACAUUUUGGCUCAAAAUGCUGUCAACAAUGGGGCCGGCGGUGGGGUGGCUACUGGCACCGGAGGUAGUGGGCGUGGUACCAUUCGUGGGCAAAUGGUGGUGGCUCUCUAUACAUACCAGGGAUCAGAGUGCGGUGACAUGAGCUUCAAUAAAGGGGACGUGAUGGAAAUCAUCGACGACUCCGAUCCGGAUUGGUGGGUGGCCAUUCACUUGGAGUCCGGGGCCAAAGGCCAUAUUCCGCGGAAUUACGUGGCAUUCCAGAGCUCGAUUGAGAGCCAAGAGUGGUUUUUUGGUCAAAUAUCCCGACGCGAGGCUGAAGAGUAUCUGAUGGCCCAUAUCAAUGCCCGAGGCACAUUCCUGAUUCGCGAAAGUGAACAGAAUCCCGGUGGAUUCGCCCUCAGUAUCAAAGAUUACGACCAAGAGCGCACCUACCAUGUCAAGCACUACAAAAUCAAGCCUCUGGACAACAACCGAGGUUACUACAUAACCACCCGUCAGACUUUCAACUCGCUCCCGGAUUUGGUGGCCGGUUAUCAGAGUGCGUUAUGCAAAGGGCUUUGUUGUCAGCUCACCAAACCGUGUCCGAAAACUCAGCCGCGGGAAGCUCGUGGCAAUGCUCUUGAGUAUGCCACGCGGGACCAGUAUGAAAUUCCCCGGUCGCAGAUCACCCUCAUCAAAAAGUUAGGGGCCGGAAAUUUCGGUGAAGUGUGGAAAGGAACUUGGCAAGGACGAGUGGAGGUGGCAGUUAAGACUCUCAAACCGAACACAAUGUCACCCGAAGCGUUUUUGCAAGAGGCAGAAAUCAUGAAAAAGUUUUCUCAUCCUCACUUGGUGGCUAUGUACGCUGUGUGCACAGAUCAGGAGCCGUUUUAUAUCAUUACCGAAUUCAUGAUCAAUGGAGCUCUCCUUGAUUUCUUGCGCAAGGACGAGUCCAAGAUGAAGCUCAGUUUUGAUAGCCUCAUUUCCAUUGCUGCCCAGGUUGCAAGUGGAAUGGCUCACCUGGAACGAAGGGGAUUAAUUCAUAGAGAUUUGGCAGCUAGAAAUGUGCUAAUAGGCGAGAAUCUGUUGACAAAAGUGGCUGAUUUUGGCUUAGCUCGAGUUAUAGUGGACAACGAAUACUCGGCUCAUCAAGGAGCAAGAUUCCCUGUGAAAUGGACGGCACCCGAAGCCAUUUCGUUCGGUAAAUUCACUGUCAAAUCUGACGUCUGGUCAUUUGGAAUUCUCCUCAUGGAACUCUUCACCUAUGGACAAGUACCAUAUCCCGGUAUGAAUAAUCGAGAGGUCAUCGACCAGGUAGAACGAGGAUAUCGAAUGGCUCAACCGUCUCACAUCUCCUACCCAGAAUCUAAGUCCAUGCCUAAAGAGGUUGCUAUUGCUCAGUCCAACGUUUACAAGAUUAUGCUUGAAGCUUGGAACCGAGAUCCUUUCAAGAGACCAACAUUUGAGUUCUUGACUCACAUGUUCGAAGAUUUUAACAUCACCACUCAAAAUCAAUACAUGGAGUAAACAGAGUUAUUCCACUAUACCUAUUCUGAUGAUCUCAAUCAAAAAUGAAACUUGCAGCUAUGUCCCCCUCAUUUUAAGCAAUCAGGAAAAGAUGGGAUACUUUACUUGUUUUUUUUAAGAAAAGGGCAUUAGUGGCAUAAAAGAGCAAAACUGAUGUGGCACUAUGCAAUGAUCAAGUCAAUCAGUAUGUUUGGACCUCACUUACUCGAGUUAAGAUCGGAUGAACAUUUAAUUUACCUGAUUUUCACUUUCAGUCAAACUGGUUUCCAUGCAACCGGAUAUUCCAUUUUACAGUGGGAAGUAGAUUCGUCCCCUAAACAUUUCUUCAAGAUAAACUGCAAGUUUUCCUCAUGUCAGAUUACCCACCCCUAAGUUCGUCUGUAUCGAAGCACCCUGAAGACAAUUUAACACCCACCCUCACUUUGACGACGAUCGAUGACCAUUUUAGUACUCGGAUCGUAUGAAUCUUUCUUCCAAGAAGCAGUACUAUUUCUUUUUAACGUUUCAGAAAAUCUAGAAAUUUCGGCCAAUCUAGUCACUAUUUUCGCAGUUUUUUCUAGAGACCAAAUAUACGCAGUAAUUGAAAAUAAUUCAUCAUAAUGACAGCACCAUGAAUGAUGUCCUUUUAACUAUCAAUCAAUGACUCUGAUUUCAUAUAUUGCUGCCCGUGUUCUGACUCUUAUCUACCAAAGAGCUGUUUUGUACCAUUUGUCGUCGUAUUGAUUCGUCGCUACAAUAUUAUAAUAAACAUUUCCAAGCCUCUA